AUGGCUUUCUAUCUCACCUUAGGCUCCUCGGAGGACGCCACGACGGCGACCGGGAAGAAGAUGAACCCGCUCCCUGCUCUGGCCAGCCGGCUGUGGGAGGCGAGCAUCCGCAAGCUCAAGUACUCCACCAUCCUUCGCGGCUCCGUCGUCCCCUCCGGCGGCACCUUCGACGGACCGGCGGCCGCCACCGGCAAUGCCGCUGGAGGUGACCCCAUCACGCUCACCCCAAGCCUCUCCGUCAGCUCCUCCACCUCCAACACCAUCUACCAGUACGACGACGGCGACGAAGACAUCGACUCCGUCCUCGACGACGUUGACACCGACGACGACGACGUCGACGAGGCGUCGCUCGGCGAGCCCAGCCACUCCGACCAGCUGCUGCCCAGCGGAGACUUCUACCAGGGCGACCUACGCUGUGACCUCCCCCACGGCGCCGGCAAGUAUCUCUGGACGGACGGCAGCAUGUACGAGGGGUCGUGGCGCGGCGGCCGCGCGGCCGGCCGCGGCAAGUUCUCGUGGUCGUCGGGCGCCAUCUACGAGGGCGACCUCGCCGGCGGGUACAUGCACGGACAGGGGACGUACAUCGGCGAGCUCGGGGACACGUUCGCCGGGCUGUGGGCGAACAACCUCCGGCACGGCCGCGGCACGCAGGCGUACGUCAACGGCGACGUGUACGACGGCCACUGGCGCGACGGGCUGCAGGACGGGCACGGCCAGUACAUCUGGCGCGGCGGCCACGAGUACAUCGGGACGUGGAAGGCCGGCGAGAUGCACGGCCGCGGGACGGUGAUAUGGGCGGACGGCGACCGGUACGACGGCGCGUGGGAGGACGCCAAGCCCAAGGGGCAGGGCACGUUCCGGUGGUCCGACGGCGGGAUGUACAUUGGCCUGUGGUGCCAGGAGUCCGGCGAGACGCAGGGCAAGGGCGUGUACUACCCGCCGUCCGGUGGCCCGGCGGUGCCGUUGCCCCGGGAACCCAAGGGGGUGAUCACGAAGCUGCUCGAGGAGCUGGAGAUGUCCGAGGGGAAGACGGUGUCGCUGCUGCCGUCACAGAAGGUGCUGACAUGGCCUGGGGUGGAGCCCGUGACGAAGAAGCCGGUGUGGCUGCCGCCGGAGGUCGCCGCUGACCAAGGGAUGUGGCGGCCGCCGGAGGUUGGAGCUGACCAAGGGAGGAGGUCGAGCAGGAGGAACAACAUGUCGUCCGACAUUGACAGCCUGGUUGAGGGGGAGGACGGCGGCGAGGAGAGUCGCAACGACAGGUCAUGGGUGCGGACACCGUCGUGUAUGCGCGCGCCGACGAUGCCGAAGCCGGGGAAGAAGCAGGGGGAGACCAUCUCCAAGGGGCACAAGAACUACGAACUGAUGCUCAACUUGCAGCUGGGAAUAAUAUUAGAUGUACCUAUCAUGUAUGAAUUAAUAAUAUGGAUAAAAUUAGAUGUACCUAUCAUUUAUUUGUAUUUGGUUUUUACUGUACAUUACCAGCGUGUUUUUUUUUUCCAAAUCACACUCAAAUUCCUAGCCUUUGAUAGACAUAAAGAUUCGUGCAACAUUAUCGGGCCCGCAGUCCUUUUAUCGGGUUAGGAUCCGUUUUGUAACCCAAUCCAAACAAGGUUUGGGGAUAUUUCUGACACAGGGCGCGUUUUUUU